CUCCCCGGGAGGAAGCAUGUCGAAGAAGGGCCGGAGCAAGGGCGACAGGCCCGAGAUGGAGGCGGACGCGGUGCAGCUGGCCAACGAGGAGCUGCGGGCCAAGCUGACCAGCAUCCAGAUCGAGUUCCAGCAGGAGAAGAGCAAGGUGGGCAAACUGCGGGAGCGGCUGCAGGAGGCCAAGCUGGAGCGCGAGCAGGAGCAGCGGCGGCACACGGCCUACCUCUCGGCGCUCAGGGCCAAGCUGCACGAGGAGAAGACCAAGGAGCUGCAGGCGCUGCGCGAGGCGCUCAUCCGCCAGCACGAGCAGGAGGCGGCGCGCACGGCCAAGAUCAAGGAGGGCGAGCUGCAGCGGCUGCAGGCCACGCUGAACGUGCUGCGCGACGGGGCGGCCGACAAGGUGAAGACGGCGCUGCUGGCCGAGGCGCGCGAGGAGGCGCGCAGGAGCUUCGACGGCGAGCGCCUGCGGCUGCAGCAGGAGGUGCUGGAGCAGAAGGCGGCGCGCAAGCAGGCGGAGGAGGCGCUCAGCCACUGCGUGCAGGCCGACAAGGCCAAGGCGGCCGACCUGCGCGCCGCCUACCAGGAGCACCAGGACGAGGUGCACCGCAUCAAGCGCGAGUGCGAGCGCGACAUCCGCAGGCUGAUGGAUGAGAUCAAGGGGAAAGACCGGGUGAUCCUGGCCUUGGAGAAGGAGCUGGGCGUGCAGGCCGGCCAGACCCAGCGGCUGCUGCUGCAGAAGGAGGCUUUGGACGAGCAGCUGGUUCAGGUCAAAGAGGCCGAGCGGCACCACAGCAGCCCCAAGAGGGAGCUGCCGCCCGGCAUCGGGGACAUGGCGGAGCUCCUGGGCGCCCAGGAUCAGCACAUGGAUGAGCGAGAUGUGAGGCGCUUUCAACUGAAAAUUGCGGAGCUGAACUCGGUGAUCCGGAAGCUCGAGGACAGAAACACCCUCCUGGCAGACGAGAGGAAUGAACUGCUGAAGCGCUCCCGGGAGACGGAGGUGCAGCUGAAGCCGCUGGUGGAGAAGAACAAGAGGAUGAGCAAGAAGAACGAGGACCUGCUGCAGAGCAUCCAGCGCAUGGAGGAGAAGCUCAAGAAGCUCACGAGGGAGAACGUGGAGAUGCUGUCGGCGCAGGCGUCUCUGAAGCGCCACACCUCGCUGACCGACCUGAGCCUGACGCGGGACGAGCAGGAGAUCGAGUUCCUGCGGCUGCAGGUGCUGGAGCAGCAGCGCGUCAUCGACGACCUCUCUCUGAGCCAGGUUGGUGGGUGGGUGAGGCUGAACGUGCGACGCUGUGUCUCCUUCCAGGAGAGGGAACGGCUCUUGCGCCCCAAGAGGCAUCGUGGGAAAGGCCUGAAGCUGCCCAAGAAGCAUGUUGUGGAGACGUUUUUUGGAUUUGAUGAGGAGUCGGCGGACUCGGAAACCUUGUCGGAGACGUCCUGCAACACAGACAGGACGGACAGGGCCCCGGCCACGCCCGAAGAGGACCUGGACGACACGACCACCAGGGAGGAGGCCGACCUGCGGUUCUGCCAGCUGACCAGGGAGUACCAGGCCCUGCAGCGCGCCUACGCCCUCCUCCAGGAGCAGGUGGGGGGCACGCUGGACGCCGAGCGGGAGGCCCGGACCCGGGAGCAGCUGCAAGCCGAUCUGCUGAGGUGUCAGGCCAAAAUCGAGGACUUGGAGAAGUUGCUGGCCGAGAGGGGUCAGGGCUCCACGUGGGUGGAGGACAAGCAGCUGCUCCUGAGGACCAACCAGGAGCUGCAGGAGAAGGUUCACCGGCUGGAGAUGGAAGAGCGCCAGCUGAAGAGCGACAUGCAGGACGCGCGGGACCAGAACGAGCUGCUCGAGUUCAGGGUGCUAGAGCUCGAAGAGAGAGAGCGGAGGUCGCCCGCGUUUAACCUCCAAAUCGCCAGCUUCCCCGAGAACCACAGCAGCGCCCUCCAGCUGUUCUGCCACCAGGAAGGAGUUAAGGACGUGGAUGUUUCCGACCUUAUGAAGAAGUUAGAUAUCCUUGGCGAUAACGGGAAUCUGAGAAACGAAGAGCAGGUGGCCAUCAUCCAGGCCGGGACUGUGCUGGCGCUGUGUGAGAAGUGGCUGAAGCAGAUCGAGGGCACCGAGGCGGCCCUGACCCAGAAGAUGCUGGACCUGGAGAAGGAAAAGGACCUGUUCAGCAAGCAGAAGGGCUACCUGGAGGAGGAGCUGGACUACAGGAAGCAGGCCCUGGACCAGGCCCACCUGAAAAUCCAGGAGCUGGAGGCCACGCUGUACGACGCGCUGCAGCAGGAGCCGGGCCAGAAGGCCGGCGCGGCGCUGAGCGCGGGCCAGCGGGAGGACCUGCAGGCCGCCGUGGAGAAGGUGCGCAGGCAGAUCCUGAGGCAGAGCCGCGAGUUCGACAGCCAGAUCCUGCGGGAGCGCAUGGAGCUGCUGCAGCAGGCCCAGCAGAGAGUCCGGGAGCUGGAGGGCAUGCUGGAGGCCCAGAGGCGGCACCUGAAGGAACUGGAGGAAAAGUUUCUGUUCCUUUUUUUGUUUUUCUCACUAGCAUUCAUUCUGUGGCCUUGA